AACAACUUUCUGCAAUAAGAUAGAAAACCUAUAAGCACAAACAUAAGUAGAUAUGUCUUUUUCAGUAGUAGCAGCAGCUUUUAUGGUGGUUUUAGCAGUUCUGUUGACAAGGGUUGUGAAGUGGGUGUGGAUAAAACCAAAGAAGCUAGAGAGUUACCUGAGAAGACAAGGUCUCCCUGGAACUCCUUACACACCUCUUGUAGGUGAUAUUAAGAGGAAUGUUAAAAUGUUGAUGGAGGCAAGAUCUAAACCUAUCACUUUAACAGAUGAUAUCACUCCACGUCUCCUUCCUCUCACUUUAAAGAUGUUUAAUUCUCACGGAAGGACUUUUUUCAUAUGGAUCGGACCAGUUCCAACGAUCAUGAUAACCAAUCCAGAGCACAUCAAAGAAGUUUUUACUAAAUUUAACGAUUUUGAGAAGAAUACUUCAUUCCCUUUGAUCAGAUUGUUAGUAGGUGGGCUUGCAAGCUAUAAGGGAGAUAAGUGGGCAAGACACAGGAGGAUAAUCAACCCUGCUUUUCACCUGGAGAAGAUCAAGAACAUGCUCCCUGUGUUCUACCAUUGUUCAAGCGAGAUUGUGUCCCAAUGGGAGAGACUGUUUAUAGAUAAAGAGUCUUCUUGUGAGGUCGAUGUUUGGCCUUGGCUUGUGAGUAUGACUGCGGAUGUGAUCUCGCAUGCUGCUUUUGGAAGCAGCUAUAAAGAAGGACAAAGAAUAUUUGAGCUUCAAGGGGAGCUAUCUGGUCUCAUCGGACAAGAGCUUAAGAAGCCUUACAUCCCUGGACUAAGGUUUUUCCCAACAAAAAGUUCUAAGAGGAUCAAAGCAAUAGACAAAGAAAUAGACACAAUACUGAGAGGUAUGGUGAGUAAGAGGGAAGCUGGAGAAGCAGAACACAAAGAUUUGUUGGGGGUACUGCUUUCAUCAGGUUCAGAAGAAUCUGGAGGAAAUGGUUUGAGCGUAAAAGAAGUUUUGAGAGAGUGCAAGCUGUUUUAUUUCGCAGGACAAGAGACAACUUCAGUACUCUUGGUCUGGACAAUGGUUUUGUUAAGCCAUCACCAAGACUGGCAAGCUAGGGCAAGAGAGGAAGUGAGACAAAUACUCGGUGAUGCUACCAAUGAUACUAAACCUGAUAUAGAUUCUCUUAGCAACCUUAAAGUAAUGAGUAUGAUCUUCAAUGAGGUUUUGAGGCUAUACCCUCCAGUGGCUGAGCUUAAAAGAUCUGCCAACAAAGAAAUGAAGCUAGGAGAGCUUACACUUCCAGCUGGUGUUAGAGUUUAUAUACCAACUGCUCUUGUUCAUCGCGACACCGAGCUUUGGGGGGAGGAUGCAGGGGAGUUUAAACCAGAACGUUUCAAAGAUGGGAUCUCAAAAGCAACAAAGAACCAGGUAUGUUUUCUCCCCUUUGGGUGGGGGCUGAGGAUAUGCAUUGGUCAGAACUUUUCUCUGUUGGAGGCUAAGAUGGCAAUGGCUUUGAUUCUACAAAAGUUCUCCUUUGAGCUCUCUCCUUCUUAUGUUCACUCGCCUCAGAUGGUCAUGACCACUCGUCCUCAGUUUGGAGCCCAUCUCAUCCUACACAAGCUAUGA